AUGCGUUGGUCUCCUCUCCUCCUCGCCACCCUCACUGGGUUGGAGUUUGUCCAGGCUCAUGGACAUGAUGAGCCUCACAUGAACGUCAUCUACGGACGCCGGGGACCCGACGAAUUACGGAAGAAGCGAGCCGCAUACGAGGCCUGGAACCCCCCUUCCGUACCACGCAAGCCCCGCGAUGAGGAGCCGACGAAGCCACUUCAGGCUCGUCAGGGCUCCGGUGUCACGCAGGCUCUUCCUUCGGGAAUCACAGUCGGAGACGGUUCUCAGUGCGGUCCGGGACUCGGAGCUUGCAAUGCUGGAGAUUGUUGUUCGGCAUCUGGAUGGUGUGGCCAAGGCCCUGAGUACUGCAACUCGCCUGAUUGUCAGAUCAGUUACGGCCCUGCAUGCGACGGUAACGAGCAGCCCAACGGACCCGAUACCUCCAACGACGCGAGACCCAAGCGCGGCAAGGUCCCCUACGGCGGUGUGGGCAUCUACUCUUGUGUGAACGACGGUGACGUCGCCAUCACCUUCGACGACGGCCCGUACAUCUACACCGCAGCCAUGCUGGACGCCUUCAAGGCUCACAGUGCCGUUGCCACUUGGUUUAUUACUGGAAACAACAUUGGCAAGGGCAUGAUCAACGUUAACUACCGUGAUCUCAUUUCACGAAUGAUUGCCGAGGGUCACCAGGUUGCCAGUCACACGUGGUCUCACGAGAACCUUGAUGCGAUGACUUUGUCGCAGCGCAAGAACCAAAUGGUCUACAACGAGAUGGCCUUUACCGACAUUCUUGGAUUUUACCCUACUUACAUGCGCCCGCCUUAUUCCAUCUGCGGUUCCGAAUGCCAGGGACAGAUGGCAGACCUUGGCUACCACAUCACCUACUUCGACCUCGACACUCAGGGCUACCUUCACACAGACCCCAGCCAGAUCGGUGUCAGUGUUGGCCUUUGGGACGCUGCCAUGACGGCUCGCUCUCCUUGCAACGCUUCAUACCUGCACAUUGAGCACGAUAUCCACCAGCAGAUCGCCCAGGUUCUCACUCCUCAUAUUCUCGAUUCCGUUGUUGCCAACGGCUGGAAGGCUGUUACUGUCGGCGAGUGCUUGGGUGACCCUCCCGCCAACUGGUACCGCCGCGGUAACCCUGGCUACAACUUCAAGAUCAGUGCCGUCAGCCCCUUGGCUUGUUCUUCUACCGCCUCCUCCAAGACCGCAUCAUUCUCAACCGGCGGUGUUACUGCCCUCCCUACCUCUACUGCUCUGGCGGUCUCUUCUGCCGGCCGCUGUGGUUCGACUUACGGACAGACUUGUCUCAACUCCGCUUUCGGUAACUGCUGUUCCGUCAACGGAUGGUGUGGAAAGACUGCUGCAUACUGCGGCUCUGGCUGCCAGGCUAGCUUCGGCAACUGCGGUACCAAUGCUGGUACUAGCAGCAGCAGCAGCACAGGUAGGACUUCUUCAUCUACUGGCCGCAGCAGCUCUUCUUCGCGUUCUUCUACUGGUACCUCUUCCUCCGCGCGUACCAGCUCUUCCGGCUCCAGCUCUCGCACCAGCAGCUCUGGUUCAAGUUCGCGUACUGGCACCAGCAGCUCUGGCACCAGCUCAAGCGCCCGUACCAGCUCCACGGGCACUGGUUCUAGCUCUCGCACUUCCACCUCGGGAAGUGUCACUGCUGCCACUGUUUCAAGCUCUACCGCUUCUGGGUCUUCUUCUCUGACUCGAUCCUCUUCAGGCUCUGUCUCCGCAUCUGGCUCCGUGUCUAGCCAGGCGUCGAGUUCAUCCACCGUUCGGGCAUCCGGCUCAUCGUCCGCCCAGGCCUCUUCCGCAUCUGGAAGUGCCUCUGGCACGCGUUCCAGCACCGGCGCUCUCCCCUCGUCCAGUCUCCCGGUCACCAACAACGGCGAGUGUGGCCAGGCCGCCGGAAAGACAUGUGUCGGUUACUCCGAGGGCAGCUGCUGUUCUCAGUACAACUACUGCGGCUCCAGCGACGGCCACUGCGGCACGGGAUGCCAGCCUCUCUUUGGAACUUGCGGCAGCUCCGUUUCCGCGUCCAGCGGAGCUUCUUCGGCCUCCGGAAGUGUCAGCCGCGCUGCCAGCGGUUCUGCCUCUGCCUCCGCCUCUGCGCCCGCUGCUUCCGGUAGCGCGUCCCGGACAGGCUCUUCCGCCCUCCCUAGCUCCACAUGGCCGGUGUCUGACGACGGAGAGUGUGGUCAAGCCGCUGGCAGGACCUGUAUCGGAUACUCAGGAGGCAGCUGUUGCUCCGUGUACAACUUCUGUGGUGUUUCCGAUGCCCACUGUGGUACGGGCUGUCAAUCUGCCUUCGGUACCUGCGGCGGCUCCGUUUCUGUUUCCGCUCCUUCCAACCGUCCGACCGGCACUGCCGCCUCCAACCCUUCUCGCACUGCUACAGGCGCGGCGGCAACGAACACCAACCCGUCUACCGAUGGCACCUGUGGCGGUACCAAGGCCUUCAACUGCUUGGGCACCAACUUCGGUGACUGCUGCUCGCCUUACGGAUACUGUGGUAGCACUACUGCUCACUGCGAUGUUGGUUGCCAAGGCUCAUUCGGAAAGUGCUCCGGCAGCGGUACGAACGUCAACGUCUCCUUAGAUGGAAAGUGUGGUGACAACGGCACCGCCGGCCAGGAGACUUGCCAGGGUUCUACCUUUGGCAACUGCUGCUCGCCUUACGGCUACUGUGGUAGCACUGAUCUUCACUGUGGCACUGGAUGUCAAUCCAAGUUCGGCACAUGUGGUAUGUCAACCGAGGUCACAAGCGCUCCGUCGCUGACCUCUUCUAUCUUACCUUUCGCUAACAAUACUUCCCAGGCACCUCAAGCUCCUCUUCAACAAGAUGAGACCUCAACCGUGACUUCGUCCCAGACCCUCGCCACAAGUAGCAGCUCUGUUGAUACUCCUGCUAGCAGUACCGUUGUUUCCUCUGUUGUUUCCUCUACCUCCAUUGUUCCCUCUAUCGUCGAUGCCGUUGUCAGCAACAGCAGCAGCAGCAGCAGCAUCUUGAGCAGCAGCAGCAGCUUCAGCACAUCUUCUGACAGCUUGAUCAGCAGCAGCAGCACUUUUGCUCCGUCUGUUGAUGCAGUUGUCACCAGUAGCAUUGCUUCAAGCAGCUCCAGCAGCUCCAGUGUUUCUUCUCCUGUUUCUUCUGACCCUUCUUCUGUAUCCUCCUCUUCCUCUUUGUCCAGCAGCGUCGACUCAGGCAGCUCUAGCAGCUUCAGCACCACUUCUUCUGACAGCUCCAUCAUCAGCAGCAGCACCUUUGCUCCUUCUGUUGACGCUGUUGUCACUAGCAGCAUUGCUUCAAGCAGCUCCAGCAGCUCCAGCGAUUCUUCUUCUUCUGUGUCGUCGUCUUCAUCGUUGUCGUCGCCGAGCGAUUCUUCUUCCUCUUCUUCGUCUUCGUCGUCGUCGUCGUCGUCGUCUUCCUCCUCCUCCUCUUCCAUCAGCAUCGAAAACAACAUCCUCGUCUCUAGCAGCAGCAGUAUCAUCAGCAGCACUACUAUCCCCACCAGCAGCUCCUCCACCUUCGUCACGGCUUCCAAGACGUCCUCCUCCGCCCCUGCCCCCACGCAGACGGUCAAGGACGUCAAGGUCGUCAACAACGCCGGUGACGCCUGCGGCGAGGCCUCGGGACAGAAGUGCGGCACGGGUCUCUGUUGCACGAGCAAGGGACAGUGCGGUACCACGAAGAUCUGGAUCUGGGACAACGGCAACUGCAAGGUGGCGAACGGUUGCCAGGCGAAAUGGGGCACUUGCAUUUAA